AUGGCCGCAAUCUACAGGGAGUCGGCCCGCUACAGGCGGGACGACUCGUCAGACGACGACGAGAGGAGCAAGACCACCGUCCGCCGCUACAAGGUCGGCGGCGACCGUGGCGACCGCGUCGAGCGCAUCGAGCGAUACGAAGAGUUUGACGACGACCGACGCAGCCGCUACUCAGCCUACCCUCCGCGCGCAUCCGGCGACCUGCUCGAUGUAGAACGCCGUGUUGAGCGCACCUCCUACGCCCCCGAGCGACCCCGCUCGGCCUUUGAGCCCGGCCCGCGCGGCGGCGGCAGCACAUUUGUCGAGCGCGAGAAGAUCGUCGAGCGGGACAACCGCGGCAGAGACGACUUUGACGACCGCUACUAUGACGAUCGAGACCGGGACCGCGGCCGGCUCGAGCGCUACGAGAAGGACGUCUACUACAAGAGGGACGACGACCGCUUCGGCAGCGGCGUCGGCGACACCCGUCGUGACUACGUCUACGAGAAGACGAAGGAAGUCGAGCGGGACCGCAGCGACCGGGACUGGGACCGCCACUCCCGCGCCGACUGGGGCCGCGACCGCGACGAGGUCGACGUCCGGGUCGACAAGCGCUUCGUGCGCGGCGACGAAGGCGAGCUGCGGGUCGAGAAGCGGGUCGAAGAGCGCCGCGACGAGUCCCACGGCGCCGAGGUCGAGCGCUAUCGCAAGGAGACCGAGAUCUACGAGCCCCAGCAGGCCCCGCAGCCCAUCGUCAUCCGCAACCGCCUCCCGGAGCAGCAGAUCAUCGUGCAGGAGGCCCCGCCCCCGGCGCCGCUCAUCAUCCGCAACGAGCGCCAGGAGAACCGCGAGAUGGUCCGCCGCGAGCCCAGGGAGGACGAGUACUACUACCACCGCCGCGAGACGCGCGACGUCGGGCCCUACCGCGGCGGCCGCGAGCGCGACGACGAGUACUACUACGACCGCCGGAGGGGCCGCGACCGCCGCGACUACGCCUCGGACGGUGAGUACUCGGACGACGACUACUACCUCAAGCGGACCGUCAUCAAGCGUGAGCGCUCCCGCUCCGCCUCCAACCAGCACAAGCUGCACCUCGCCGAGGGCGGCCUCGCGGGCGCCGGCAUCGCCGCCCUCAUGAGCUCCCGCCGCGACGAGGACGGCUACCUGCCCGAGCACCGCGGCCGCAAGGUCGUCGCCGGCGCCGCCCUCGGCGCCCUGGGCACCGAGGUCUUCAAGCGCGCCCGCAGCGCCUACAACGAGCGCUACGGCGACGGCGACCGCUCCCCCUCGCCCGAGUCGCACCACUCCAAGCUCAAGACGGGGCUCGGCAUCGCGGCCGCCGCCCUGGCCGUCGCCGGCGCCGCCAAGUACUACCAGUCGUCCAAGGUCGACAAGGAGGAGUCGUCCCGGGGCCGCAGCCUGCGCCGCUACAGCAGCGAGGAGUACAGCCGCUCCCGCUCGCGCAAGCGGUCCCGCAGCCGCGCCGCCUCGGUCGCGAAAGUGGGCGCCGCCACGGCCGCGGCCGCAGGACUCAUCAAGCACUUCCGCGACAAGUCCAAGGGCCGCAGCGGCAGCAAGUCGCGCUCGCGGUCGCGCCUGCGCACGGGCGCCGAGGUCGUGGCCGCCGGCCUGGCGGGCGCCGCGGGCAAGAAGCUCUACGACAACUACAAGGACCGCAAGGAGGACAAGCGGAGCCGCGAGCGCGAGCGCGAGCUCGAGGCGGAGGAGGAGGAGGACGCGUACUACGAGGACGACGUGCGCCACCGGCGCCACGGCCGGUCGCGGUCGAGUAGCAGGUCAGCAGCAGCAGCGCGCCGCGGCGGCGGAUACGCGCCCUACCCACCCAGCCCGGGACCACCCGUCGUCGCUGAUCCUGAACUAGGUUUGGUUGAGUACGGCGCCCAGCCGCUGUACACGGAGCCGCCGUACCCGCCGCGCGGCUACGACCCGGCGGCGCAGGCGGCGUACCGGGACGAGGCGGCGGCCGCCGAGGAGGACAGGAGGCGGCACAGGAGUAGGAGACACCAUCGGCACCGGUCGGCGGACUCGAGGGGCAGCUACAGCGAGAGCGAGCGGGAGGCUGAGGACGACGCCGGGGCGGCGAAGAAGCAGCGGAGCAGGAGCCGGCUGCGGGACUUGGCUGCCGCGGGCGCGGGGGCCGCGGCGGCGGCCAUCGGGAUCAAGAAGUACGAGCAGCAGAAGGAGAAGAAGGAGCGGGAGCGGUCGGCGAGCAGGGGAGGAGGAGGCGAUAGAGAUCGGGAUAGGGACAGGAGCGUCAGUCGGGACCGGGACCGGGACCGGGACCGAGAUGACAGCGAUGUGGACAGGGACCGUGAGAGGGAGCGGCGCAGGCGGCACCGCGACCGGGAGCGGAGGCGCGAGCGGUACGAGGAAGAGACGAGCGCUGCCGGCGACUACGACCCGUACGACCCGGACCGCCCGCCCUCGCCGCCCCACGCCUCGGGCGGCGCGUACUACCCCCCUCCGCCUCCCAACGCGGGUCCGCCACCGCCGCCCGCGGCCGCCGCGGCGGCGGGCAUGGGAGGUUUCACCCAGCACCCCAACACGGCGACGACGGACCUCAACGGCGGGUUCCAGGCGUACCACCCGGCCGACUACCAGGCGUACCCGCCUCCGCCGCCGGGCCCGCCUCCGCCGGGUGCCGCUCCGGGUCCCAUCCCGCCGCCCGCGGGCCCCCAGACGUUCCAGCCGCCGCCUGCGGGCUCGGGGCCGCACCCGCACGGUGACCAAGUGAGUAGUGACUCUGCAUCCCGUAGUGUUUUGCUUGACCCUGCCGCUGCUCCUCUUCCUCCUCCUCUGUCUGGGGGAGGAGGAGGGGAGGGCUUUGGCGGUGGUGGUGGUGGAGGUGGAGGUGGCGUUCCGGGUGCGUCUGCCUGA